UUUUUUGAAUGGUGUAUUAGGAUGUUAUUUGUGCUAUGUUUGUUUGAUUUUAGUAUUUAACUGCUCGGUGCAUUUUAGGAUAGUUGUUGAUGGAGUCACACAUCGCUUCAAUUGGUUGUGCAUUUGUGUUCUUAAGCUUGUGGAUUAUAUUUACCAUCCUCUUAAUAAAGACCAUAAAUAAGUUGAAGCUAUAACUGAUAUGAAGUACCUUAGCUAAGCAAAUCUUAGGACUUAUCAAUUACUAAUUUUGCUUAACCAAUAAUGUUAAAGUAAAUCGCUUGUUUUUGGAUGCCUUUCUGCCUGAUGCAUAUUAAUAUUAUUAACCUUUUGAUGAUGAUUCAAUCUCUAGAUAAUUGCUGAGGUCUACUUACUUGCAUGUUUUGGGACAAUUCUCACCGUUGAUUAUUCUUUUUCUCUCUAUUCUCUUUGUGACCUGAAAUUUGUUGAUUGUACUUUAAAUUUUUGAUAUUUUCUAAAUUUAAAAUUUUAUGCAUUCUUAUUCUUAUUGGCAGAUUGUGAUAGAAUUAACUAUUCAAUACCUCAAGCUGAAGGAAUAUGCUACCUUUGGAGAGAAUAUAAGCUGCUGAGUAACUUGUCUACCUCUAGUGAGAAAUUGACACCUUAUUUCUAAUAACAAGGAUCUUGAACAGACACUAGUUCUGUUGUAUUUGGGUGUUUACUUUUCCCGAGGGGGGGUCGAAGAGCAUCGGAACACAAUGCGUUCGGUGCUCACUAUAUUUCCUAUUGUCCCUUCCAUUCUGUUGGCUACUUCUUUGCAUAGUUUUUUAUGUUCCCAUCGUUUGAAACAUCUUGAAAAAAGUGAUCGGCGUGGUAAUCUUAGUUAACAUUAGGCUUAUUCUGUGAUUCACUAUUUUGUCCACUUUUGUCUUCCUUUCCUUGUGUUUUUGGUUUCCCCCUGUUUCUUGCUGAAAUCUUAGAGAUAAAUCGGGAUUACUCACUGGGAGGUGUUUGAUCUGCAUUUUCAUCGUUACAAUAGUCUUAGAAGAUUUUUUCUACUUCUAUUUUAGGCCAAUUCUGUGUUUUCUUUGCUAUACGAACUUUGUGUUUUCAGUUCCCUGGCUCUUAUUCCGAUGGACAUUGUUCAUGUUGACGGUAGUGCUACAGAUGAACAGUCUUUUGCCGUGAAGAAGCAGCAUGCUUGCCGUGUUACUGGAAUUGAAACUAUAGAGGAACUUCAAAAUGCACUUCAUGAUACUCUAGUAGUGAAUAAUGAGAACCUGGAAAUCAGCAGCAAGCUACCUUCAGAUUAUGGCAGUAGCAGUCUGGAGGAUGAAAGCACAGGAUCAGGUGACAGUAACCUAGAUCCGGAAGGCUCUAAUGCAUCAUCUUGUAAGUGCUUGCACAAGAGCGCUACUUUCCCUAUUGCGGUUAAAGAGGAAAAUGCACCUGAAUCUCAGCCAGAAAAUAAGUCUUGUACGUGCUCUCAGUCUCUUCCGACUGCAAACAAGCUCUUCUCUGCUAUGAAAGGUGGCCGAGAGAAGGAAGAUGUUCCUCCUAGGAAGCUAAGUGUAUCUUGGGCACCUGAUGUGUAUGAUCCUGUACCAACUUCCUUAUCUCAUUAUCCAAAGAAAAAGUCUCGGCUUCAGUUAAAGAGCAACAAGAAACAUGGAAAGAGCAAGCAGAAGAUUAAGAAACAACACCGCAACAUGGGCGGAAAGUCUGAUAAGUGUUUGGACUCCUUUUCGGAUGCCGAUAGGGUAUCACCAUCAAACAUGUUUGCUGCUUUCACUCUGCUGGAUUUUGAUGAUGGUAUUGAAAUCGGUAGCCCUGAUUCCAGCUGCGCGAGCAACUUUCUGGAACAAUCUGGUGGUACCAUGCAUUGUGUUUGCUGAGCUGAUGCUAUGUAAGCCGGUCAAAUGGUUUUACCAGGAUUUUGCUACCGAGUUUUGCAUCUUCUACUUCUGUAAAUAAAUAAGAAGUUGAGACAUUUUCUGAGGCUUUUCUAUGGUAUUUGUUUAGCUACUAAGCUGUUUUGUCUCUUUAAAAGACACUUCUUGAUUAAAGUAGUAAACUGUGUGCGUUGGUUGACAAUUAAAAAUGGGGUAGUUAAUAUUAUCCAGGUUAAGCUACGUCAAUAUAAUGUGUGAUGUGUUAUGUGUUGUGUUAGUACAUGCAAAAACAAAUAUCAUGUAUUGUUUUAGAUUUCUGCAGCUGUCUUAUACUUAACAUAUGGAGACUGGUGGAGAAGCUUUGCUAUCCUACUCUGGUUUUAUGGUCUU